AGUGCUGUUUUGGAAGGCCAAAGAGUACAAAUCAGUCUUUGGUUCCGCAAACAGGCGAUUCUAUGCGCGAAGUUUGCCUUUGGGACAUGGUGCGGACAACAAAUCGAUGCCGGAGCGGGAGGGAGAGCGCUCGGAGCACUUCAGCCCAUACCUCUUCCUCCCUCUCUAUUCUUCUUCCUGUGCUGUACUGUUAUUGAACCCAAGCCAGAUGUCCAAAAGCGUCGCGUUCACGACCGCAACGGCCCUGCACUGUUCGACCGACCGAUCGUCUGUUGCAACCGACGCCCAACCCCUUGGCGAUGUUCAGGUGUUGCGCAGUAUCGUUCUUCGACGAGCUCUCUCUCGGAUAUUUUGUCGUCGCGUGAGAAAGAAUAAAGGAUUAUCAGCUGAGCCAGACAUCGUGCUUGAGAAUAGCGCUACGAGUGCAAUCAGAAGUGGUUGCAAUUCUAGGGACCUGCGACAGCAGCAGCAGCAGCUUAGUCUAGAAUGGAACAAUCAUCUAUACAAGUCUCAGAAAAUAAUAAUGGUGACGCCGAGGGCCAUGAUGAUCGCUGGGAUCUUCUGUAGUAUGCCGACCAGCCCAGGCCGUGGCGAAUUACCUCAGCUUGAGUCAAUCCGAUGUCAUUUUCCUACGUCGCUAUCAAAGCGAACCACGAUUCAAUUACUCUUAACUUUGGUUUAGGGAUCCGUUGCUCUCGAUCUUGCAUGUCAUUUCGGGAAAUGAUCGUUCUCAUGUCCCAUGGCCCUUAUGCCUUGCUGCAUCAAUGACUUUACUACGAAGUGAUAGGAAAGGACAGACGUCAUGUCGAAACAGCAGCAGUAACAGCAGCAGCAGAAACCACAGAAGACGAUAACUCCGGCUCGAAACAAUGAACCAAGGCGGACUUUCUUCUCGGCUCUAUGCGCGUCCUAACUAUUCUAUUUUCCUGACGUACUCGAUAGAUAACCAAACAUUCUAGAAGGCAUCAAUG